AUGGCGCUCCUGGCGCCCCUCGUGCUGGGGGCCUGGCUGGCGGCGGGUGCGGGAGGCUGCCUGCAGUGCGACCGGCAGAUCCGCAGCACCCUGGAAUCACUCCGCACCAACCUGGUGCCCCGGCAGAUCCGUGACACCCGGCUGCGGGCGCGAGCCCAGGCCCUGCUGCGCGGCAUGGAGGACGGGUUCUUCCGCCACUACGGCGGGGGGCUCCUCAGUCUUCUGGGCUCGGAUGUUUUCUCCCCCCACCUCCCCACAGCUCUGAGCAGCAUCAACGCCCUGAUCCAUCAAGUGCGGCAGACGGCAGCCGGCCUGGAGCGAAGUGCCCUGACAGACCAGGCCCUGCUGGACGCGUUGGUGGCCUACAGGCACAGCCUGAUCAUGGAGCUGAAAUCCGCGCUGACGGAGCAUCAGGCGAAAGCUUGCAACCUCCAAACCUGUGACUGGCUCUACUACGACGUCAUGGACUGCACCACAUGCGGGAAGAGCAAAGCCACCUGUCUCAAGCGGCACCGCUGCUUUGCCCCUCCGCUCUAA